UAUUCUCAUGUCUGUUGUUUCGAAUUUUUCUGCCGUAUUUCCUAAUUAAUAUUAUCAUUAUUGAUGUGGUAAUAGGAAAACUAAAUAAUACAAAAUAUAAUAUUUUAAAAACAUUACAAUUUCCUAGUUCUAAAAUUUUUGAAUUUUUAUCUGCGUCUUUGACAUUUGUUCAUGCCGAGGUUAUUAUAUAAAAUAACUUCAGAAAAUUGAUUUCGAAUCUUUAAAUUCAGUGUCAUAAUUCGGUCGCAAAUUAUCUCUACUCUCUUUGUGUCUUAUAAAAUUGAAAUUUUAAAUACUACAUCAAUAUUGUAACUGCUUGCAACUAAACCGGCGCAGUGCGAUGCAAUGAUGUCACGAAAGCGAUCUAAAGUUGAUGAAAAAAAGGAAAUGAGCCAGAAGCUAUUAGAAAAAAAAGAAGUUGAUAAGAAUGGAAGUGACACAAGUUUCUGUAGCACUAGCAGUCAAAUAUUUCCAGUACAGAGUCAAUCAAUAAGUUCGGCCGCACCGUUCAGCACAGACCCGGUCGCUGUGGCCGAGCGAGAGCGGGUCCACUACGGACGGAUCCCGAGGGCGCAAGCUCUUGCGGGCACGGCGCCGCGGAAGGUGCGUGUCUACGCGGACGGCAUCUACGACAUGUUCCACCAGGGACAUGCCCGCCAGCUGCAACAGGCCAAGACUGUCUUCCCGAACGUUUACCUCAUUGUUGGUGUAUGCAGUGACAAACUAACACACAGCCGGAAGGGUCGCACUGUUAUGACUGAGGAUGAACGGUACGAGGCAGUCAGACAUUGUAGAUACGUUGACGAGGUGUUACGCGGCGCGCCCUGGGAAUACGAUGAUGAGUUUCUGGAGACGAACAAGAUUGACUUCUUGGCCCACGACGACAUACCCUUCACUACCGAGGACUGCGAAGAUACCUACGCUAUCAUUAAGGCCAAGGACAUGUUUGUAGCCACGGAGAGGACAGAAGGUGUAUCAACAUCGGAUAUCGUCGCCCGGAUAGUGAGGGACUACGACAUAUACGUGCGAAGGAACCUGGCGCGAGGAUACUCCGCCAAGGAGCUCAAUGUGUCCUUUCUCAACGAGAAGAAGUUCCGGUUGCAGAACAAGAUGGACCAGCUCAAGGAUAAAGGGAAGAAGGUGAUGACCAACAUAGGCGAGAAGCGCGUGGACAUCCUCAGCAAGUGGGAGGAGAAGUCCCGCGAGCUGAUCGACGCGUUUCUGCUGCUGUUCGGGCCCGACGGCCGCCUGUCCAACAUCUGGAACGAGUCCAAGGGGCGGCUCAUGCAGGCGCUGAGCCAGCCGCCCUCGCCGCGCGCCUCGCCCUCGCCCAGCGAGAACGGAGACGACUUCGACUACCCGCACAGGGGUUCCGUGUCACCUCCGCCGCCGAAGUCACGCCGCUGCGAGUUGUUAUGGGACGAGGAUGCAGGUAACUGGAUGCAUCGGGCUCUGAGUGUGGCGGGAAGUCGCGGACGGGAGCGCCCCGCCAGCUGACUGAUGAUGGCUCCGACAGUGACGACGACUACCAGGACUCCAACCCGUGCCCCACCUAGGAGUUACUCACACUCUCUAUCAACGAGACCGUCUGAUACCACUCAACAAGAUAUACAUAACGUACUACAAACCUUUUUGGAUAAAGUUUGCCACGGGCUCUUUGGAAAUGUCAAUGACAUUAAAAAAAAAUGUGAAGAAAUACACACACUUGUGUACGGAAUGGCAUGCAUGAGACAGGAACUCUUUCAAGCAUUUAAAAUGCCUGUAUUGUUCAUAAUUAAUGUAGCCAUCAUCUACUCGUGUGUAGAUCUAAUAGUUAAACAUAGAUAUGUAAUAUUAUCAGUGGCAAAGUUAAUAUUAUGGUGUGAUAACAAUUAUAUGAGACACAGAGCAAUGUACUACUAGAGAGUAUUAUGUGUUAUUGACGUAAAUUAAAUGAAAUUAAUGUAUAUAUAUUGUCAAGAUACACCAGUGAAGUGUUUCGUGGAUUGCUCGCUACAUCUUGUGAAUAUAGAUGAUAUAUUAUUUCAUUCUCGAGUCUCUUAUUUACAUUAUUGGCCUGAAUGUUAAAUAUUAAUUUAUUUUUUGUUUACAAGAAAAAUUGGUUAAAACGUAUUGUAUACAACACACAAUACUUAAUGUAUGGCAUAGUAUUUUUAUACAAUGUAUGUACACGUUUUGUGGGACGACACCAUUUUAAAUGUCGUGAGCAUUUGAUAGAGUUGUAAAGUUAAAUUAAAUCAUGUAUUUUAUGUUUGCUGAUUGCAUAGAGGUGUGAAUGUAUUUAAUCCUAUUAGUUUUAUUCUUUAUUAUUAUUUAUAUUAGUUUAAAUUAUCUCAUUAGAAAGAUGGAGUCUUAUGUUAGCUUUUUAGCAUCAACUUGUCUAUUCUAGGUGCAGAGUAUAAUUUAUUGUAUUACUCUAUGGACUUUUGAAUAAAAGGUGCUUAUUAUAAUAA